UUGUCGUUGUCCUCGGCCGGUCAUCGUUCUGUGACGGCCGCUGCCCGCCCGCGAGCCCGCGAGCGGCGGAGUAGCCGGGCAAGUAGCUGGGGAAGGAGGAAGCGAGCGCCGAGGAUGUCUGGAGCAGCGACGGGCAGUAGAGGGCGGGCCUAAAAAGCCCCCACAGUACGACGCCCGCCCGCACGCGAUGACUGCGCGGAUCGAUUGACAUGGAGACGGAGUCAUCUUCUGCCGGGGGCGACUCGGAGUUCGGGUUUGCGCCCAAGGAUGUAGAUACGCCGAAGAAGAAGUUCGAAAUGGAUUUGAAUGAGAGCAUGCUGGGGAGUAUGGCCAUAGGGGCCGUCUUCAAAGACUACAAUGCCAAAGUCAAUUCGCUCGAUUUUCACCGUUCGGAUGACCUCUUGGUCACAGCCAGUGACGACGAGUCCAUACGCCUAUAUGACACGGCGAAUGCCCUGCUUGUGAAAACCAUACACAGUAAGAAAUAUGGCGUGGACCAGAUUUGCUUUACACAUCACCCUAGUUCGGUGGUGUAUUCGUCGAAGAAUGGAUGGGAUGAGUCCCUUCGUUACCUCUCUUUAUACGACAACCGGUACCUGCGUUACUUCAAGGGUCACCGUGACAGGGUUGUGUCCCUGUGUAUGUCUCCGAAGAAUGAUAGUUUUAUGUCAGGAUCUCUGGACCACACGGUUCGACUUUGGGACCUGAGAACAAAUGUUUGUCAGGGUCUUCUCCGAGUGCGUGGCAGACCCUCGGUUGCAUAUGAUCAGCAAGGUCUCGUGUUUGCCGUCGCAAUGGAGGGCGGUGCCGUCAAGCUGUUUGAUGUUCGCUCCUUUGAUAAGGGUCCAUUUGACACAUUCUUAGUUGGAGGUGACACUGCCGAGGUUUCAGGAAUGAAGUUUAGUAAUGACGGCAAAGUAAUGCUUCUAUCCACUACCAGCAAUAGGAUAUAUGUGCUGGAUGCUUACAGUGGCAAUCAGCUUCAUUGCUUCAGGCGGGACCCGAAUCCUGAUGGACAUGCCUUGGAAGCGUCCUUCAGCCCUGAUGGCCAGUUUGUGCUUUCAGGAUCCGGAGAUGGUAACCUGUACGCUUGGAGCACAGUUAGUGGCAUGCAGGUAAGUUGCUGGGGUAAUAACAACGGUGUUCCAGCCGUCGUCAAGUGGGCUCCGCGGAGAUUUAUGUUCGCAAGCGCUUCACAGAUUUUGUCCUUCUGGAUUCCUGACUUGGCUAAGUUAGCAGUUCCACCGAUUGCGACCAACAUGGAUGUGGGCCCUUGAAACUUUGGACUGAAAACUCAUGUAAACGACACUGUACAGAUUGAAGAGUAGGAAAGGAAUGACAGUCAGAUUAGGCAUAGCUUUCAGUUAAUUUGAUUGCUCGGUAUGUGAUUGUUAUCAGAGAAAUCCAGAUCAACAGGUUUAGAGUACCAGAUUGGGAAAGUGAUCAUUUUGUAGCUAGGGAGGCCUGACAGCAAUGCGACCAUUUGUACAGCAGUAAAACUGUUCGUGUGCUACAGAAUAUAUGGAAAGAGAUUGUUCUUGG